AGCAAACGUCAAAAGCGCUGCGCAAGCAAAACAACAACAAGCUGAUAACAAUGGACACGCACUGAAUUGUGCUGGUUCGUUUGGCUCGCGAAAAUAACAGUGCAGCUGAAUCACCUCUUUCGCGUGUUUGUGUAUGUGUGGUUGUGAAUCCUUCAAAGAAUCAGAAAAAAGGUGUUUCUCACCAGCCGACAUCAAUCAACGUAGAAAGAAAGCCUGCAGCAUCAUCCGCCGUGAAAAAACACACUACUGAACCAGCGCACUAGCGGACACACAAUCAAACAGCAGGCCCCUAGCGUGCAGGGGGGGGCGAACAACCCAUCAACCGAUUUGGACGUGGGGCUGGGCGGGGCAGAGGGUGAAGCAAUUCCGUCACGAUGGGCAACCAGCUGGUUGCGCUGGCACCGUCACAAAUCUUCCCCGUCGAGCACUACCUCACGGGGACGUUCGAGUUUGACCUACAGUUUGAGAAGAGUAUGGGAAGCACCCGCUUCAUGAAGGUGGCCAAGGUGAAGGUCGACGAGGGACCGGCCGUCGUGAAGGUGUUUGUAAGGCACGAUCCCUCCCUGCCGCUCGAACAGCACCUCGAGCGCAUCGAGCACAUCAAGAAGCAUCUUGCGAACGCGGUCAACUGCUUACCAUUCCAGAAAGUGCUGACGAUGGAAAAGGCGUGCCUGAUCGUGCGGCAGUACGUGAAGCACAGCCUGUACGAUCGCGUCUCGACCCGGCCGUUCCUCACGCUGAUCGAGAAGAAGUGGAUCACGUUCCAGAUACUGUGCGCGCUGCACCAGUGCCACAAGCAGCGGAUCUGCCACGGCGACAUCAAGCUGGAGAACAUCCUGAUCACCUCGUGGAACUGGGUGCUGCUGUCCGACUUUGCCUCGUUCAAGCCGACCUACCUGCCGGAGGACAAUCCGGCCGACUACAGCUACUUCUUCGACACGAGCCGGCGGCGCACGUGCUACAUCGCGCCGGAGCGGUUCGUGCGCUCGUCCAGCGGCGAAUCGAUCCAGCCGAAGGACGGGCCGCUGGUCGGCGACGGGCAGUACUGUGCCGGGCAGCUGCUGCCCGAGAUGGACAUCUUUUCGGCCGGCUGCGCGCUGCUCGAGCUGUGGACCGAGGGUACCGCGCCGUUCGAGUUUUCCCAGCUGCUCGCGUACCGGCGGGGCGAGGUCGACCUGGUCCGCAAGCACCUGGACGGGAUCGAGAACGAGCGGCUGCGGCAGCUGGUCGAGUCGAUGCUCAGCCCCGAUCCGCGCGAUCGCAAAUCGGCCGAGCUGUACCUGGACCAGGAGCGGGGCAAGCUGUUCCCCGAGUACUUCUACGCCUUCCUGCAGUCCUACCUGCAGAUGUUCUCGACCGUGCCGGUGGUGCCGCCGGACGAGAAGGUCACCCGGCUGCACGGCGACAUCGGCCAGAUCGUGCAGAUACUGACUGGCGGCGGGGGAGGCGGCGGCGGUAGCGACGACCCGCCCGAACCGUCCGAUGACGACGACGACGACGGGCUGAUACUGAUCACGGGCGUCAUCACGUCCUGCAUCCGCGGGCUCAGCUUCUGCCGGUCGAAGCUGCUCGCGCUCGAAAUCCUGCAGGCGCUGGCCGAAAACACCACCUCCGAAACGAUACUCGACCGCAUCCUGCCCUACAUCCUGCAUCUCGCGCAGGACGCAGCGCCCCGCGUCCGCGUCUGCUCGCUCAACACGCUCACCCGCUGCCUGCGGCUGGUGCGCCAGCUGCCCCGCAGCGACGCGAACGUCUUUCCCGAGUACAUCCUGCCCGCGAUCGCACCGCUCGCCACCGACCACUCCACCUUCGUGCGCAUGACGUACGCGCGCAACAUCGCAACGCUGGCCGACACCGCGGUCAGCUUUCUCGAGCAGUCGCAGCACACCUGCACCUCGGAGAACGUGCCGCCGCCGCACUACGAAACCGAGCUGAGCGCGCUGCACGAGAUGCUGCACCAGACGGUGCUGUCCCUGCUGACGGACGCGCAGUCCGCGGUGAAGCAGACGCUCAUGACGUCCGGCAUCACGCAGCUGUGCGUGUUCUUCGGCCGGCAGAAGGCGAACGACGUCAUCCUGUCGCACAUGAUCACCUUCCUGAACGACAAGGAGGAUCGGCAUCUGCGCGGCGCCUUCUUCGACUGCAUCGUGGGCGUCGCGUCGUACGUCGGGUGGCACUGUGCGCCGAUGCUGCUGCCGCUGCUGCAGCAGGGCCUGACCGAUCCGGAGGAGUUCGUGAUCGCGAAGGCGAUCCACGCGACCACGCUGCUGGUGGAGCUCGGGCUGAUACAGAAGCAGGGCACGAUCGAGUUUAUCGGCGAGUGCGCCUGCUACCUCGCCCAUCCGAACCUGUGGAUCCGGCACGAGGUGGUCGAGCUGGUGGCGACGGCCGCCCGCAUCCUCACCGCGAUCGAUGUGCAGUGCAAGGUGCGGCCCUCGAUUGCGGCCCACCUGCGCCUGCCGCUGAUCGAGCUGGCCUGUCCGGAGCUGCUGCUCGACUGUCUGGUGCCGCCGGUGCCGCGCAACAUCUACGACGCGGUGCUACGCUUCGGGCCGGACAUUGCGCCGCUGAUCGCGGUGCUGCGGGAGCGCAAGCAGGCCCGCGCGCGACAGCAAACGCUCGCGGCCGAGCGGGAGGGCGACCGGCACCAGUCGCCGCUGCCCGACGGCGGCCAGCAGGCACCGCCGCCCGGGAUACAGCAGCUGCUGCGCCGCCUCACCACCGAGGGGCUGACGGAGCAGAUCGAGGAGCAGCUGCUCGCGAUGAGCGUCCAUCUGAUGAAGCUGCACCACUACAAGCUGGCGGAGACGCGCCACACGCAGCAGCCGUCCGGCCGGAUCGUGCUCGACCACUACCCGGACGUGAUGGGCGAGGUGCCGCUGGCCGGCGCCGACACGCAUCUCCCGCUGGCGAAAGGGGGCGCUCUCCCGGGGCGGCCAGCCGCGUCCGGCGGUGCUGGCGAUGGAACGGCACCAACGGGGGACGGGCUGGGCAAGCAGGCGGGCGGACGUACCACGCGCAAAAGCGAAUCGGACAGUGCGCAGGACUGGCAGCACAUGCUGAGCGCGAUCGAAUCGCACACGCCCUCACCAAGCUCACCGACGGGCGGCGGCGGUGGCGAUUUAACCGUCGCCGGCACGGCUGUUCUGCCCGCACCGCCGCCGGUCGCCGCCACCGGUGCCACCGUGCCGAUGGCCACGAUCGCGGCCGCCCUGCCGCCGCCCGUGCAUCACCACCAUCAUCAUGCGACGCCGACCACCUCGAGCCUGGUGGAGUACAGCCUGCCGGAGCGCACCACCGGCCACCAGGAGCGGCUGUCCGACUGUCGGCUCGAGAUGGAGGCGCUCGUCGCGAAGCUGCGCACCCGCUACGCCACGUACCAGCGGCAGCGAGAGCUGCGCGAGUCGACCAACGCCGGGCCGGCCCUGCCGGCCGGCUGGCGCCUGUCCGGCACGCUCGUGGCCCACCUGGCCGAGCACAAGGCGGCCGUCGCCCGGAUGGCGGCGCUCAAGCCGCACGCCGGCUCGCUGUUCGCGAGCGCCUCCAUCGACGGCACGGUGCGGCUGUGGGACUGCAACAAGCUGGACGGGCAGCAGUCGGUCAACCGGUCGCGCCAGUCGUACCACGCCAACACGCCGCUGCACGCGGUCGCCGCCUGCGACGCCGGCCAAUCGCUGGCGGUGGCGGGCAAGGACGGCACGCUGCUGCUGCUCAAGAUCGACACCAACUCGAGUAAGAUGGCGCUGCAGCAGGCGCGCCACUUCGAGGCGGACACGCGCUACACGUCCGCCUCCAGCUCGACGGGCGAGCUCGGCCCGGACGAUGGGCCGGUGGUCGAGAUGCACCCCCUCGACCAGGGCGCCCAGAGCGUGAUCGUGUACGCGACGCUGUACGGUGCGCUCGUCGGCUGGGACAUUCGCAUGCCGGACUACGCCUGGCGGCUGCAGAGCGACCUGCGCAGCGGCGUCAUCACCACGUUCUGCAUCGAUCCGUCCAGCUCGUGGCUGACGGUGGGGACGAGCAGCGGUCGCCACGUGUGCUGGGAUCUGCGCUUCCAGCUGCCGAUAGCGGAGAUCAAGCAUCCGCACGAUGCGCGCAUCCGGCGCGUCUCGCACCAUCCGACCGAAUCGUCCUGGCUCGUGUCGGCCUCGCAGGGCAACAGCGAGGUGUACGUGUGGAACAUCGAAACAGGCCACCGGCAGCAGGCGUACUGGGCAAGCGCGAGCCCACCGCUCUCCAACAGCAACGCGUCCUCGCACUCGGUCUGCGCGCUGCUGCCGGGUGUGAACGAUGGCAACCCGUUCCUGCUGACUGGAGGGACCGACCAGCGCCUGCGCUACUGGGAUCCGGUCAACAUCGAAAACUGUGCGCUGGUUGUGCCGUCCGCCCGGGACUAUGCCCCGCUCAACGUCACGUACGAAUCACGCCUAAUCGACGGCACGAAAGUAAUCUCCGAGAUACACUGCAACAACAACAGCAAUAACAACAACAACAAUAGCAACGUGCAAAUCAACAACAACAACAACAACAGCAACAACAGCAGCAAUACCAACGCAAACCAGACCGGCGGAGGGCAAAGUGGCGGAACGGCCGGCAACAAUGCGAACACACCGGGUGGCGGCAGUGCAGGGGCGACUCCCGGCGGCCCAGGGUCCGGUGCCGGCGGGUCCGGUGAGCGGGGCGGCCGGCAGCCGGACGAUGACCACCGGGUGGGGCCGGAAAUGCCCGCCCACGGGCAUAACGACGUGAUCAGCGAUCUGCUGAUGUGCCGCUCGGCGAAGCAAACGUUCAUCGCGUCCAGCAGCCGGGACGGCGUGAUCAAGCUGUGGAAGUGAGCGCCGGAAGUCGUCGGCAGUCUGCGGACGGUGCACGGUAAAAGGGGAAGUAGUAUUAAGCCUUAUUAACAUUUCUUUCCCUCACAGGUGAUCAUGUUUCCUAUUUUUCGUUUCAUUUAUUGCUUUAUGAUCUGUUGUUGCAUUACUCAUACUCUAUUGUGCUGAGAUUAAUCUCUUUCUGUUGUGAUUGCGGGAGCGAACGUUCGCUAGUGGUAUUUUGCUAGAGGAUACUGCAUAACAGUGUGUAUCUUGCAGGUUAAAGUUAUUCAACUCAGGAUGCUAUUAUCCUAGAAAUAUAAAAUUAAGAAUCACUUA